UUCAAGUUUAGUACUUUUUUCUCUACACUAAUCGUCCCCGUAGAAAGAUCGGAGAAGACCCAUUGUGAAAUUGGAGCGAAGAUAUUCAGUGACUCAUCACUAGAAAGAAAAGGAGACGCCUUUGGAGGGUUUUCAUGAGGAAGCCAACGGACGAGUCGGGUCGGGCCAUCCAAUUGGUUUACGUUGAUGAAAAUGGGAAGUUGAAGACGGACCCAGAAGCCAUCGGCGCUCUUCAGAAGCUUAAGGGUCCUGUAGCUGUUGUCUCUCUCUUUGGUAAAGCUCUCCAUGGCAAGAACUUCAUCUGGAAUCAGCUUCUUAGCAGGAGCAUUGGAUUUGAAGUUCAAACUAUUCACAGGCCAUGCAACGGAGAUAUAUGGAUGUGGAUUGAGCCGGUGAAGAGGAUUUCAGAAGAUGGCACCGAAUAUAGUUUAGUGUUACUCGAUGUCGAAUGGGAAGACUCAAAGGGUAUUCCGGCUACACGCAAUAGCCAGAUAUUCUCCUUGGCUAUCCUCCUAUCAAGCGUGUUUAUCUAUGGUCCGACACUUGGUGUAAAUGACAUUGCACUUGAUCUCUCUCGUCUACUUGAGAUUAGGAAGCAAGACCACGUUGGAGAAGCUAAGGACAAUACAUUCGGGCUUGGGCAGUUCUCUCCCAUGUUUGUUCAACUUAUGAGGGACAUUAACUCAGAAACAGUGGAAGGUGGAGAAGAUGUAACUCAGAAUAGCAAACUCGAAAAGUUAAGACCUCAGAUUCUCUACGGUAUAGAUGCCCUCAUGAAGUUUGUCUCUGAGAGAGUAAGGCCUAAGCAAAGAGGUGAUACCAUCAUCACAGGGCCACCACUUGCUGGUUUCACAAAGGCGUUUUCUGAAAAUGUUAAUAACAACAUCGUGCCUAAAAUAUCUUCUUUAUGGCAGACUGUAGAGGAAUUAGAAGGUCGCAGGGCCCGCGAUACAGCAACUGAGGUAUACAUGUCGUCGUUGGAGCGUUCAGAGACUCCUGAUGAAUCGAUGCUGAUAGAAGCACACAAUAAGGCGGUUGUCGAAGCUUUGACCGCGUUUUGUGAAUCUUCCAUUGGAAAUGUCGAAGUAAAACAGAAACACAAAAGAGACCUUUGGAGUUUCUUUGCAAAGGCGUUGGAGGAUCACAAGCGAGUGGCAAAUGUGGAGGCGUAUUCGAGAUGUUGCAAUGCCAUAGAAGAUAUGGGCAAGAAAUUAUGGGCAUUGCCUUGUUCUCAUGAUGCUAAUAUAGGCGAUAUGAUCAAGGCCCUUGAUACCGCAGUUGGGGAGUAUGAAAUAUCCAUCAACGGUCCUAUGAAGUGGCAGAAACUAUCUUCCUUUUUGAGAAAGAGUAUACAGGACAUUCUCGUCCAUCGCAGAGGGAAUCAAAUGGACGAACUUCUGUCUGAGAACUCCAAACUUAAGCUACAGCAACAUUCCAUGGAAAGCACGAUGAAUUUGCUCAAGAAACAGCUUGAAGGUGGAGAGAAAAUGAACAAGGAAUAUCAGAAGCGUUAUGAGAGUGCCAUUGAUGAUUUAAGUAAGCUCUCAGAUCAGUUCAAAAACCGUAUUCAUGACUUGGAAAGUAAGUGUAAGUCAAUUCACAAUGAACACUCGAACCUCAUGGAGGUGCUGGGAUCCACAAGACUUGAGGCUUCUGAGUGGAAACGUAAGUAUGAGGGGACUUUGGAUGAGAAUGGCGUGAGCAACAAUCGGAUAGGGGUCGAUGCGUCGAUCACUAGGUGCAGUAAUAAGUUAAUCGAUUGGAAAAUAAAAUACGAGAAUACUGUUAGUGAGCAAAAAGCUGUUUCAGAGAAGAUAGCGGCAAUGGAUGAGAGGUUAAAGCAAGCUUCAGCCACAGAAGAUGGCAUGAGAGCUGAGUUCUCCCGUAUUUUGGAUGAAAAGGAGAAGGUAAUCACUGAGAAAGCUGCGAAGCUUGCGACUUUGGAGCAGCAAUUGGGCUCUACGCGUUCAGAAUUAAAGAAAAGUGUGUUGAAGGUGGACGAAUGUUCAUCAGAAGCAAAAGACUUGAGACUUCAAAUCUCGGCUCUGAAUGAGAAAUAUGAAUCUGUGAAAUCCGCAUCUGAGUUGCUUGAAACUGAGACACAGACGUUAAAGCGAGAGAAAGAUGAAUUGGACAAGAAGUGUCAUUCACAUUUGGAAGAACUUGAAAAACUCGUUUUGAGACUGAAAAAUGUGGAAAGUGAGGCUUUAGAAGCUAAGAAACUUGUGGAUUCUUUGAAAAUGGUAGCUGAAGCAGCCCGUGACAACGAGAACAAACUUCAGACAUCAUUGGUUGAGAGAUGCAUUGAAAUUGACCGAGCUAAGAGCCGUAUUGAGGAGCUUGAAAAAAUUUGCACGCUCAAUAGUGGGGAAGGUGAUGCUUCAGCAUCUAAGAAACUUGUGGAUUCGAUGAAAAUGGAAGCGGAAGCAUCCCAGAAAAAUGAGAACAAACUCCAGAGGCUGUUGGAGGAUAAAUGCGUUGAAAUCGACCUAGCUAAAAGCCGAAUUGAAGAACUUGAAAGAGACUGCUUGAAGCUAAAAGAUGCGGAAAGUGAGGCUGCAACAGUCAAAGAACUAGUGAGUUCGAUGAAGAUGGAAGUGGAAAGCGCACGAAGCAACGAAAAGAAACUCGAGAUGUCGUUGCAGGAAAAGAGCAUCGAAAUUGACAGAGCUAAGGGACAAAUCAAAGAUCUGGAGAGGCAAAAGAUGGAACUUUCUGAAACUCUGGAGACAAGAGCGAAACAAAACGAAGAAGCGGUUACUUAUUGGCAGAGAAUCAUCAACUCCGAGAAGGCAAAAAACAUGCGAGUGAAUUUGAUGGAGAAAGAAGACUCUUUUAUGGUUUCGGAUGAAGCAACACCGAUGCAGCGUGUUAAGCGUUUGAAGGUAGAAGCAGCAGUGACCUGUUCGGGUUCAGAUUUUGCGCAAGAGACCGAAGAAGAUACAGUUUCACAAGAGAGCAGGAAAGUUAGGACAAUGACCCCGAGAAGAUGCACGAGCACGGAAGCUGGAACGUCUUCUUCCACAGGCACGGGGCAUUCGAAAUACACAAUGAAGAAGCUGAGGAGUGAGAUACUAGAACACGGGUUUGGGGCUGAGUUGGUUGGGUUAAAGAAUCCAAGAAAGAGAGAUUUGGUUCAGCUCUAUGAACGCACCGUUUUGCGAAAGUGAAGCUGUCUGUAAUAACAUGAAACAAGGUCAAGUUUCUUGUUCUUGGAACUUUCUGUGGAUUUUGAUGCAUCGAAAUGAAAAUGGUAUUGCAGAAAAUAAAAGUAUCUUUUUAUC